AUGGGCCUGCUGUCCCUCCAUUUUGGCCCUGCCCUCGGAUGGCUGUUCAGCACAUGGUUGAGGUGCGAGCAGGAGCAAGCGCUGCAGCGGGAUGGCGACGACGAUCUCAUCCACAGUGCGCUCGAGGCCACGAUCAAGGCCUGGUCGCAUCGUGGUCGAGUGCGGGCCGCCGGCCUGGAUCAGGAGCAAUAUCUGACAUUGCUCCUGAUCGGCCUGCUAGCCUCGCAAGCGCCCGCUUCCUCCACGAUGAUGCAUCUGGCGAGCUCUGCGAGCUUCCUGGACGGUGUUUCGUGCCACCUCGAGCACGCAGACCCCCACGUCCGCCGCACGGGAAUGCUGGUCGCCGAGAUCGUCAGCGCGAAAUCAAAGGCGGGGGCAUCGACGUCAAAAGCAGAGGCCAAGGCGCUCAACUUUGGCCGAGCGGUCUGGGACGGCAUUGGUCAAGGCAAGGAAGAGGCCCGGGUCUUGCGGGCGCUGCACGAUGCCUGGCCGACUCACUGCCGUGUCAUCGAUCAACACCUCCAGCCCCUAAAGCCCGUCGAAGCGUUGGACCGUUGCCUGCAAGCCUUUGGCCUGGGCUCGACAAACGAGGUCAGCCCAGCUAUCAGGCUGCAGAACGCGGCUGCCACUCUGGCAUCGGAACCUAGAGCCGCGCCGCGCACGGUCCGGCUUCCGGUUCUCCAGCCUCCUCCGCCCCGCUCGUCGGCACCUGCAGCAACCGGGAAAGCUCGUUCGAGGCCAUUGAUCACGCCGCUGUCCGACGACGAGAGUCAGGGGAAAGACGAUCAGCCGCUGCAGAUGUUUUCAUCGCCAAGGAAAGGUCCCAGAUCUGCGCUACGCCAACGGCACGCCGAUCGAGUAUCCGACAGCUCCUCGGGCGACGACAACUCUUCGGACGAUGACGACGAUGACGCCGGCGACGGUCGGCGAGAUGAGCAGGGGCAGCGCGACGAGGUGACCCGCCUCGCUGCCGACCUCUCGGGCAUGGCGCACGACGAGGCCGCCAAGCUGACGCGCACUGCCGGACUAGACGGCUCCUCGCCCUCGGUCGCCGCCGACGCGUUUGAUGCAACGCGCGAGGCGCACGCGCCGGACUUUACACGGAAAAAGGGGCUGCGGCCGCCGGUCUACAUCAACGAGCUGGCGCCGCUCCUCAAGAGUGACGACCGCGCCUCGAUCAAGCUGGGGCUCAAGAGCUGCGCCGCCCUCGUGAGACGCAAGGCGGGCUGGGGCGGCGAGGUAGAGGAAAACGCCGUCGACCUGGCGUUUGCCCUGUGCGGGCUGCACAACAACCUGAGCAUCCGCCGCCUCGACGAGCGGCGCACCGAGGCUCUCGCGGCCCUCUUUGUCGCCUGCCCGCGCACCGUCGGCGGGUGCCUGACCGAGCAGUUUUUCAACCACCAGUACUCGAUGGUGCAGAAGCUGUCGAUGCUCAACGCGCUGGCACAGGGCGCCAUGGAAUUGUCGGGUCGCACGGCGUCGAGCUUCGGUGCGGGCGCGGAUGCGGGUUUUGGCGCCGUGGCCGAGACGAUGACGCACGCUGCCAUCGACCGGGCGAGGCAAGAGGGCGAAAAGCACGUCCCUGCCAUCCAAAGGUCCAAGAACCUCUCCAUCGGCCAGCCAACGUCCCGACGCGGUGCGAUGGUGACGCCCAUCGCUUCAUCGUCCUCGAUGUCCACCUCGGCAUCCGGUGCAGCGGUACGGGCGGCGGCGGCGGCGGCGAUGCAGCAGCGCAACGACUUCGCCAGGCUGGCGCCGCAGGUUGUGCCGUCGCUGCUGCUGCGCUUCUCGGCGCACCUGGCCGAUUUUCAGGAGCGCAGGGCGCGGAGACGGGCGGGCGGCUACGCCGGCAUCAAUGUGUCUGGCCUGUUUUCGCCGACGCUCGUCUCUGCCCUCUUUGACACGCUCGCGGUCCUCGUCGACCUCUCGACGGGCAGCGAUCAGUUCCGCACGACGCUCUCGUCGACGACGCUCGAGACGUGCCUCGCUGUGCUGUGCGACCCCGUCGCCUUUUCCCCGUCAUCGUCCUCGUACCGCACCAGCAGCAGCAGCAAGAGCGGCGGCAUCCUUGGCGGCGACCACGACAAUGGCGAGGGCGACGGCGCGCGCGAUUCGGGACGGACGAGGAUCCACGCCUCGGCCUUCGCACUCGCCCUCAUCGUCCUGGAUCGAAACGCGCAGCAGGACGCGUGCGCCACGCUCUCGUCGCGCGCCCCUCACCUCGUCGAGGCCCUGGCAAACGUGGCCGAGACGACCUUUACCCUCGCCGAGUCGCGCCGCCGCGCCGCUGACGGCACCGCCGCCAACAGGGCCGUCGGCAGCGACGAGGCCAGGCUCGCCCGCAGCUGCGCGGCCAUCCUCCUCGUCCUCGACGAGGUGCGCGAAAAGCGCCAGGCCGAGCUGCGUCAACGCCUCGGUGUCGUUGGCUUCUGA